ACCGGUCCCUGCGAGGUGCGGCGGCCGGCUGGCCGGCCGGCGGCCUCAGUUCGUCGCCAGCGCCGGUGGGGGUUGUGUGUCGCGCGCGGCGCCGAGCACCUCUGGGGUCAGUCGGAGCCAUUGGUCUGUGGAGUCGGUCGAACAGCGGACCUCGAGAUGCUGGAUUACCGGUCACACGACGAUGAAGAGGAGACGUACCUGUCCUGCCGUGACCUGUCCACAGACGGUGGGCGCGAUUUUCGGCUCGGCUCCGUCUCCUCUUACGCCUCUGGAGACUCGAUGCCACAAGACCUGGCCAGGAAGGUCUCCGCCAAGUCCCCAAAGAACGCCUCUCCCGAUGAUGAUGACUCGGACUGUGACAGCGACGCCUCCGGGGAGUACGAGCCACUGAGAGAGACCUCCACCAGCCGCCUGAGCGUCCGGAGCGCCAGCCCGCCGCCGCCGCUGCCGCCGCCGAGACCGCGCUGCAACUCCUUCCACGCGAGGAGGCCCUCCACUGACAGCGUCUCUGGCAAGGCGGGUACCCACUUCGGCGAGCCGCCUCAGGCCAGCCAGAGUCUCGGGGAUCUGAGCACCGUGCCAGCCGAGCCGGCGCCAGCGGCACGACAGACGAGCUUCUACCGCUUUCUCGCCUCGCACAGACCGGCGGCGCCCAAACGACUGGCACUCCUCUGGCGACGCAAGUCCGACAGGACGGCUCGCAGCGAUAAAGCGUUCGACGACCCGGAUGUCACUCUGAACAAAUCAAUGCCCAACCUGAGGAGCGCCACGCCGAAGGGCUGGUCAUGGGGGAGGAUGUCUGCGCCGGUGGCGGUGGUAACACCUGUCGCGAAAAAUGCCCCGAAUGCAGCAGCAGACAACCCUUGUUCGAUCUCUCCUAAGCGGAUUCGGCCCUCGUCUGGAGUCUUUCAUCGUGCGCUGAGCUCGCGAUGGUUCGCAUCGUUUCACGAACGAACUUCGCAGAGGCACCGACGAAGCUUCAAAGAUCAGGCGAACGUCGUCGCACAGGCUCCUGCACCAGUCAGCCCGUUGGCCGCAAAGAAAGCAGCAGAAGACCGGCGAGAGAAACCAGAGCCUUCCAAGACCUGUAAGCAAGCUUCUACCACUGAAACUCGCCAAGAUGAUACUGAGGGAGACUAUCUGGAGGUGGGACCGCGAGGAGCUUUCGAGUCCGCCUACUUCCAGCUUCCUGAAUAUGCUAUAUGCGGCGACAGACUGGGACAGAGCGUCCCCAACAUCAACCAGCUCACUUCGCCGGUGUACGAGCUGAUCGUGAAGCCGCCUUCGAUCGUCGUCAACUGUCCGGAGGGCGGCAGUCUCGGUCAGGAUCAUCUGGCCCGCGACUGUCCACAGAACCAAUCCCAGCAGGAGGACGACGAGGGCUACAUGACGAUGGACGCGAUCCACGUGAUCCUCGGCUCGCCUGCGCCGCCGUCUCCGCUGCUGGGUGCGCCGGACGUCAGCGCGCCGCCAGCCGCGGACCUGGAGUCCUGCUACCUGGACAUGACCGGGGUGGAACGGCUGCGACUGGCGCAAGCGUUCGACGCCUGUCGAGACUCGGCCGAGGACAAGCCACCGGCUCUCCCGGCUCGUCCUUCGCUGAGGGGUCGCAGUCUGAGGACGGCAGCCCUCAGACAUGCUUCAGGUGAUAAGAUCUACUACGGCAACCUCGACGACUUUCACCUCGCUCUGCAGGCUCUGCAGUUCGAGAGUCGGCCGGCCAUCGCCGAGGACGAGUGAAUUAACGACGUGUGCUGGCCCUGUGACAUAACGGGACUUGCCAGUAACGCCGGCCAAGACUGGGUGGCUAUGAGGGUCGCGAGAGGCACAGUGCAGGUCAGCCUCCUUAGGAACUCGGUGUCGACCCCUGUUCCAGGUGUUGCCAGAGAAGAAGUAGGUUACCAAACGAUUUUGCAGUGCCGUGCUACCAAAAAGACUGCGCCAGUGACAUGGUUAAAUGAUCUUACCGGGGUUAAGUGUACGACGUCAUGUAAGAUAUCAGGACUUUUGUUUAACCCGCGCCCUGCUGGGGGGGUGUUUGAACACCCCCCCCCUUGUGGUUUUUCGCGAAUAUCUCAAAAACGGCGGCGCGGAGCGCCGCCGUUUUUGGUACACCUUAUCAUACAUCAAUUCUACACAUGUUGUGAAAAUUUCAGACCAAGGUCAUUCAAGGUCAGGUCACCAGGUCACUUGAAGUGACCUCACCUCAUAAAAAGUUUCAAUGUCUGUCAUAGCUACCAUGAGUGACCGAUCGCUUUGAAACUUUCAGCGAUUGCUAAGAGCAAUAGCAUGUACAAAAUGUAUAUCUCAGAAUUUUGAUAUCGAUGACCUAAGGUCAGGUCAAUUUUGCGACCUCCCCAUUAUAAGUCAAUGGGAGAAAAUUGAAAUGCGCCUCUUUUGGACGAAAGACAUUAUAAACACUCCCAAACACUGAAUUACAAGUGGUUUAGACACACUGAACAUGAAAAUGGUGUCCGUGAUCCCUGUUUAUGCCCUGAGGUCAUCUUAGGUCACGAAUGGUAUCUAACAGUUUCUCGCAAAUAACUUUUGAUAGAGGCAUGCUAGAGCGAUGAAAACGCCUUAGAUGUGUUCAGCUCGACGAUACAGAUCGACUGAUAUGCAACAUGACCCUUUCCGGUCAGGUCAUGACCUUGACCUGAGGUCAAAUUUUCAAGUUGACCUUUCAAGGUCAAGUUAUAGUUCAUUCGAUGCGUCUUGACGAGAGGAACACGAUGCCGGUAAAAGUAAGCUCGUACAAGGCUUGGGUCAAAAGUUAUUGCAGAAAACCUGUUUCCGAAAAAAUCGGCUAUUUUUGCACUUUUUGCCCCCUGCAGGCAAAACCGUUGACGUUAGGUCAAAUCUGAGAGAAUUAUUCAGAAAGGGCGUUAAUAGGGCUAUCGAAUGCGCUUUUCCGCGGCGCUGUAGCUCUAUUGGUUCCCGAGUUAUGCGUUGGCUUCUUGGAAAUUGUCGACCUUCGACCUGGAAAUCGGCGAAAUUUUGCCUUCAAUGACCUCUGGUGGCCUGACCUUUGACCUGACCAAAAAAUUGACCGAAGUGAUUUCCUCAUUAUUUUUGACGCUCUUUCGAACGCCGCCUUCCGCGUAUCGCUACGUGGCCCAGGAGCCGAGUUAGAAGGGGGGGUGUUCAAACACCCCCCCAGCAGGGCGUGGAAAUCCAGGACCCCCAGCAGGGCGCGGGUUAAUAUGUUUAUGGCGCGUACAUAGAUGUUGUCGUUGACGUGCGAAUUUAGGGAUUCGGGGUCUUUUAUGAUCGACUGUUGUGAAGUCGGUUUUUGAAACGUAACGCCUAUGGACGUUAUAAAGUGGGGGUAUUUGGGGAGUGAUUUGCGCGCUCUUAGAAACAUCGUGACUCCAGCUGCACAGUCCCAGUGAUAUAUGUAUAGUCGCGGCUGAUGCUGGCACGAGCCAGACAUCACGUACAUACGUGGUGUCUGGUGUUAUGGAUGUAUUCCACGGAGCCUACCGGCCCGCUUGGAAAAGCAAUAACCCUGUGAUGCAUGCUGUUCUGAAUUCAAUGCGGUAACUGUCGGCGGGCCGGCAUAUUGUGCUCAUGGUGUUGCUAUAUUAUGUGUUGUGACAUUUAUGUAUCUGAUGUUCCUGGAAUAUUAUAUGCCUACCUGUUAUUAUGACGUAAAUGGGAGAAUAUAUACCCGCAUCAAUUAUAAA